CACACAGACACACACACAGGUUUAUCAUGGAUAAAAAUGCUGAAAUGCUCACACUACUUCCUGUUAUCAUAUAUGGCAGUGGGCGUGUCUACAUGUCAGAAUAUAAACAGACACACUGAUAAGUGUGUGUAUGUGUCCAUCACAGCAUCUCUGCAGGGAUACACAAAGAGAUCACACCGGUCAUGUGAUAGAACAUCAUCACCCCUUCCGAUUUGCUCACGGUGAAUACUCCUGAAUAUUUUCGGUUCUCACAUCAGCUCACCCAACCCAACACACAGACCUUUCCGUGGAAGUUUGCAGGAAAAGUUUCAGAUGUGUGUGUCUAGGUGUCUGCAGUGUGUUGCUGUCUCGCUGGUUCCCUUGGCGAUUGUCUGCAUGCUGUCCAACAUUCUGCUGCUUCUUCCUGAACUAAAGAUCGACUUCCUGUUGGAGGGGCAUGUCACCAGAGAGGCCACCUGGGCCACAGGUCUGUGGGGGUCAGGCUUCCUGGUUCUACUUGGAGUGCGAGCGUUCAUGCGGAGCAGCAACAUCAGGGGCUGCUGCGCCUUCAGAAGUCAGAUGUUGUCUCAGGUGUUCCUCUCAUCUGUGUGUUUGCUGGCUGCUGGGUUCUGUUGUCUCGUCAGUGCCACUGGUCUCUCUCAGGGUCCUCUUUGUUUUUACAACACCACCUCUGGAUGCACCUGGGGGGUCCCACUGCAACCACAACCAGACAGCUAUCCAGGUUAUCUAUACAACAGGACUCUGUGGUCUGGAGUUUGUCUGAAGCCCAGAGGUGUGGUUCAGUGGAAUGUUAUACUGUUUGGUGUGAUGGUGGGCGCCAGCGGGCUGCAGACUGUCCUCUGUGGAGCUAAUGUCUUUAACUCCCUGCUGGGCCUGAUCCUGGGACCGGGCUUCUGCCACAACAAGGUCGGUCCAGUUUCAGUUUAAGAGGCCAUCAUUGAGGAAACCAGCAGUGACUUUUAUUUUGGCGGGUUCUUGAUGCACUUGAAAGGAAUAUAUUAUAUAUAUAUAUAUAUAAUAACUAAAUCUUUACAUUUAAAUUAUUAAAAUAAACUGUUCAAACUUUGUUUCUGCAUUUCUUUAAUGUAAAUGUUUUUAUAAUAAUAACUAUUUAUGUCUGAUAUUUAUAACCAGUUCUGAUUGGAUCAAUGGACCUGUCAAUCAUUCCUGCAGGCUCUGGUUCAGUUCAAAAGGUGUUAAACCUUAAUUAAGUGAUUAAUUUGUUUAGCUUCAAUGAUAAUAAUAAAUUAAAAACAGAUUUGAAUGUUUGAUGUCAUCACUGUCAGCUGUUUACAUAUUGACUAUUGCACAUGUUCAAUAAAGUUUCAUAAAUACUAAAAGAGAA